CCCGCGCGCUCGCUCGUGAGGCUGUGCCGGGGUCGACUGCGCAGGCGCUUUUCCGGAACAAGCUGUGGGCGCGAAUUCCUGCAGCUGGCAGCCGGCGGCGGAGGCAAGUUCCUAGGAACAGCGAAAUGACCAAAGGAGAAUGAAGUCAAUAGGAGGAAAGAGAAAGGGAUUCGUUCCUGCCCUCUUCUUGGUUGUAUGGGGGGCUUGAACUGAGGGUUUUGAGUUACUAAAUACAAAGGCUUCUUCACAGACACAAUCAGUUUUGGACUGCUUAGAAGCAAAUCAUCAUUUAAGAUCCUCCAAACACGUAAUUCCAAAGAAGUGAUAACAUUCCUCUAAUCAAGGAAAUAAGUGACUGACUCUAUGAUAAAAGUACUUUGAUCCUGGUCCUGUUUUCUUCUCUGAAUUUGAAGAACUAUGGAAAAGUGGUAUUGGAUGACAGUAGUGGUCUUAAUGGGACUGACAGUGCGUUGGGCUGUUUCCCUUAAUUCUUAUUCAGGUGCUGGAAAACCUCCCAUGUUUGGGGAUUAUGAAGCUCAGAGACACUGGCAAGAAGUCACUUAUAAUUUACCUAUUAAACAAUGGUAUUUUAACAGCAGUGAUAACAAUUUACAGUAUUGGGGACUGGACUAUCCACCUCUCACAGCUUACCAUAGCUUUUUGUGUGCUUAUGUGGCAAAAUUUAUAAAUCCAGAGUGGAUUGCUCUCCAUGCAUCACGUGGAUAUGAGAGUCCGGAGCAUAAGCUCUUCAUGCGUACCACAGUUUUAAUUGCUGAUUUGCUGGUUUACAUACCUGCAGUAGUUUUGUACUGUUGUUGUUUAAAAGAAAUUUCAAUUAAGAAAAAGAUUGCCAAUGCAUUAUGCAUAUUGCUGUAUCCAGGUCUUAUUCUUAUUGAUUAUGGACAUUUUCAAUACAAUGCUGUGAGUCUUGGCUUUGCUCUGUGGGGUGUUCUUGGAGUUUCUUGUGACUGGGACCUGCUAGGGUCACUGGCGUUUUGCUUAGCUAUAAAUUAUAAACAGAUGGAACUUUACCACUCUUUGCCAUUUUUUUGCUUUUUACUUGGCAAAUGUUUUAAAAAAGGCCUCAAAGGAAAAGGGUGUGUGCUGCUAAUGAAGCUGGUUUGUACUGUUGUAGCCUCCUUCACUCUCUGCUGGCUUCCAUUCUUUACAGAAUGGGAACAAACACUGCAGGUUCUAAGAAGACUUUUUCCAGUUGAUCGUGGGUUAUUUGAGGAUAAAGUUGCCAAUAUUUGGUGCAGCUUCAGCAUUUUCCUGAAGAUUAAGGAUAUUUUGCCACGUCAUAUCCAGAUAAUAAUAAGCUUUUGUUUUACGUUUUUGAGUGUGCUUCCUGCAUGCAUAAAGUUAACACUUCAGCCCUCACCCAAAGGAUUCAAAUUUACUUUGGUUAGCUGUGCACUGUCAUUCUUUUUAUUUUCUUUCCAAGUACAUGAAAAGUCCAUUCUGUUGGUAUCAUUGCCAGUCUGCUUAGUUUUAAAUGAAAUGCCUUUUAUGGCUACUUGGUUUUUGCUUGUAUCAACCUUUAGUAUGCUACCUCUUCUACUAAAGGAUGAACUCCUAAUGCCUUCAGUUGUGACAGUGAUGGCAUUUUUUGUAGCCUGUACAACUUUCUUUCCAGUAUUUGGAAAGACUUCAGAAGAAGAACUGAAGUUGAAAUCUUUCUGCAUUUCUGUAAGGAGGUAUCUUCCGUGUUUUACAUUUCUUCCCAAACUAAUACGAUAUUUGUUUCUUACUUCAGUAAUCACCAUGCUCCUUCUGACGUUGAUGGCCGUCUCACUGGAUCCUCCUCAGAAACUGCCAGAUUUAUUUUCUGUAUUGGUGUGUUUUAUAUCCUGCAUGAACUUCCUGUUUUUCUUGUUAUACUUUAACAUUAUAAUCAUGUGGGAUUCUAAACAUGGAAGAAGUCAGAAGAAAAUCAACUAACCUUUAUUCCCAAACAAAUGUGAACUUUUUGUUAUAUAUAUAAAUGAAAUGAUCAUUUUGAGAAUCAUGGAAUCACAGAAAAGGGUGAAAAGCUUUUUUUGUGUGUGCACAAAAUAAAUGCAUAAUGGGACCAAAGAUCAA